GGAGCGCAGCGGGCGGCAGGGAGGGAGCGGGAGGGAGGCAAGAAAGUAGUAGAAAGUGAGGCUGGCAGGCGCCGGCAGGAAGUCUGUGCCCGAGAACAGCAGAAAUAAGAGCCUGGGAGAGACCACGGUGGCGGCGGCGAGAGCCCAAGAGGAAACUGAAGAGGAGGAAGCUGCGCCGCAGCCCGAGGCGGCUCCCCCUCCGCAGUGCACCCCAGGCCGCCCCUCCGCGCGGUGUUAGUCGGCCACGGCCCGGGAGAAUGGUGAGAGCAGCUCCUCCUAGAAAAAGCAGGCUGAAGACAUCAAGAUGACCUUAGAGUUCAAGGAGACCCUCGGAACGACUGCUCUACACUGGGCCUGUGUCAACGGCCAUGCGGAAGUAGUAACAUUUCUGGUAGACAGAAAGUGCCAGCUUGACGUCCUUGAUGGUGAAAACAGGACACCUCUGAUGAAGGCUCUACAAUGCCAGAGGGAGGAUUGUGCAAAUAUUCUGGUAGACUCUGGUGCCGGUCUAAAUAUUGUAGAUGUGUAUGGCAACACAGCUCUCCAUUAUGCUGUUUAUAAUAAGAAUUUGUCAGUGGUGGCAAAACUGCUGUCCCACGGUGCAGUCGUCGAAACGCAAAACAAGGCUAGCCUCACACCACUUUUACUGGCCAUAACGAAAAGAAGUAGCAAAUUGUGGAAUUUUUACUGA